GAAAUAAUUGGACAGGACGAGGGGAGGGGCAGUAAUAGAAAUUCAAUCCCGGAAUUCGAAAAUUUCUAUCUAUCGACGGAUAAUAAUUUCGAGGAAUUUAUCAACACGCCCUUCGAAGCGUGAAAACGGGAGGGAUUCUUGUAUUCCUUUCGGCAGGAAAUGAAGAAACUUUUCUUCUGGAAAACCGGUUAUCGAAUACUGAUAUUUCCAGGUGUAUCUAUCCCCAGUGCUUUCUAUUCUCGAAAAAAGGGGUUCUCGGAUCGAGAAUAUUUCUCCAUUUCGUAUGGAGAACGUUCUUGGACACGUGAUAUAUCCUGAAUCAAGUGAACGAGUCAAAUUUGUGUUUAAGACAGUGUGAAAUAUUGUUUAAAUUUUAAGGACGAUGCGAGGAAGAGGACGGUGAAAAUAAUUUUUUGGUGAUGAUAAAUAAAGGAAGGUUGAGAUAAUUAUAGACCGAUUUCGAAUUGAAUGAGGAGUGAACGAGACAAUAAGGAAAAUCAGACGACGAAAAGAAAAGGAAAGGAUGGCGUUUGUCGAGGGUGAAUGGUAAAUCUCGAAGGUGCUAAUAGGUUUAAUUGUUCUUUUCUGGAACGUUUUGGAGGAGGAUUGAACGAGGUGCACGAUUCGAAGCUAAUUUUAUCAUUCGUCAUUUAAAAAUUUCCUCUGAACAUCGAUCAGUUGUUUUAUAAUUCUUAAUCUCCGAUUGAAUCCAAAAAGAAAAAAUCAAGAAGAACCUAAACUCUAAAUCUAACCUCAAAAAACUUGCAUAUAACAAUCGAGCAAAAAUAAUUGAUCAAACACGUGUAAAAAUAAGGAAGCUGCGAAACGAACCUAACCUCAAAACGAGAAAAGAAAAAGAACAGUAUCUUCCUCCAAAGACCAAACAAAACGAAUAAAACCUAACCUCAAAAACCUAAUUAAAAAUUCCUGAACGAACAAAGAUAUACAAAGAAGAGAGAAAAGAAUCGAUCAACGAUGAUCUCAGGAUUUGCAAAGGAUCGAUGAUCGAAUCGUUGCCGUGAUGGAGGCGAUCCAUGCGAUCCGUAUUCGUCGCUUUUCCACCAGUGAAAUCGUUUCGCGAGAAUCGUUGUUCGGUGCGUUGUUCGGCAGCAAGCGGUCUGAGAUGGUUCGAGAUUUGGCGCGACAGCUUGCCAACUAAAAUGCGAGAGCUGAACGCGACCGCAUGUGCUGCCCUUUACGAGCGCGUCGAGUGGUCCGGACCGUGGAUCCUGGUUACCCUGAUCGUGCUCGCGAUAGUGAACGUGAUGGUGGUGCUGGGCAACGUGCUCGUGAUACUCGCUGUCUAUCACACGAGCAAGCUGCGAAACGUGACGAAUAUGUUCAUCGUUAGCCUCGCGGUGGCGGAUCUGAUGGUCGGCCUGGCUGUCCUUCCGUUUAGCGCUACGUGGGAGGUUUUCAAGGUGUGGAUAUUCGGUGAUCUAUGGUGCUCCAUCUGGCUGGCGGUCGACGUAUGGAUGUGCACCGCGUCGAUAUUGAAUUUGUGCGCCAUCAGCCUGGAUAGAUACUUAGCUGUGACCAGGCCAGUCAGUUAUCCUCAGAUCAUGUCGCCGAGGAGAGCAAGGCUGCUGGUUGCAACCGUGUGGAUCUUGAGCUUCGUCAUCUGCUUCCCACCCCUGGUCGGUUGGAAAGACAAACGGUCUCAUCCCGCGUACAACAUGACGUUUGCUCAAAACGGACCAUUCAACACCACCACCAUCUUCGUCCCCGUGAAACCGUGUCCUUGGAUCUGCGAGCUGACCAACGAUGCCGGCUACGUCGUUUAUAGCGCUCUUGGUUCUUUCUAUAUACCGAUGUUGGUCAUGCUGUUUUUCUACUGGAGGAUCUAUAACGCGGCCGUCUCCACCACAAAGGCUAUUAAUCAAGGCUUCCGCACGACAAAGAGUUCGAAAAUGUUUGGCUCUAGAUUCGACGAAGAGAGGUUGACCUUGAGGAUCCAUCGUGGCCGAGGAAGCGUGCACAAUGGGAGCAACAACGGAAGUCCGAGGAGCCCCGAGUCGAACAGUCGGUGCUCGGUGAAAAGGGAGAAGAUAAAAAUCUCGGUGUCGUAUCCGAGCACGGAGACGUUGAAUACAAAGUGUAACACCCUCGAAAGAACGCCAUCCAAGUGUUCUCAGACCUCUGUGCAUUACAGCAAUGGGCAGACGCACAGCCAAUUGUGUCCAACCCCCAGAAGCACUCAUUUAAAGGUGAGCGGCAUCAACAGGGUUGGAAGCACCAGAAGACCUAGCAGGAGGAACAGCUGCGAGAGUCAAAUGAUGGGUGAUGAGAUGUCGUUGCGGGAGCUCACUCAAGUCACCGAGGAGAAGCCAAGGGUGAUGAAGAUGGGGAAGAGAAAUAUUAAAGCUCAGGUGAAGAGAUUUCGAAUGGAGACGAAGGCGGCGAAGACACUGGGCAUCAUCGUCGGCGGGUUCAUCCUCUGCUGGCUUCCUUUCUUCACAAUGUACUUGGUGCGCGCCUUUUGCCGCAACUGCAUCCACCCCACUGUGUUUAGCGUACUGUUUUGGCUAGGCUACUGCAACUCCGCAAUAAAUCCGUGUAUCUACGCGCUGUUUAGCAAGGACUUCCGGUUCGCGUUCAAAAGUAUCAUCUGCAAGUGCUUCUGCAAACGGCGGACGAACACUUUGAGACGCGGCAGCGAUGGAAGUCAAUUAGCGAUGAGAAACGAUCGGAGCCCAAGCUACUCGAUGCAAGUUCCCCAACAGGGGGCGUCCAUCGACGACUCGGACCCGGACCCAAGCUCAGAACCGACUGUGCAUUCGCAGAGCGAGUCGAGAUGACUGUAGCGUGCCAGGUGUGGCGCUCAGCGCGUCACCUUCGAUCCUAGAACCUCGAAAGUGAGGAUCCAAUCUUUCUAAGGAUUUCACGUUUCGUGCCGCGAAAUCGAGCACGACGAGAAUCGAGUGCGAAAGGAUGGACGUGGAAUUCGCGACAAAAAAAAAAGAAAAAA